UCUGAGGUUUAGGUUGCUGCAGAAAAACACAAAGGCGUGUAUAUGUCCGUAACUCUGCAGUACUCUACAGUACAGUAGAGUAGAGGACAGUACAGUAGAGGACAGUAGAGUAGAGGACAGUGCACACAGCCAGCAGCAAACAGUUGUUUAGAUGUUUUGACCAGUAUGAUUAGAUGGAAACUUUGGUUUGUUCUGCUGCUGCCUUUCUGUACGGACAACAAAGUUCUCCAGGAGCUCCUCAUGAAAACCAUCAGUAAACAACCAGAUGUCACUCAAAUAUGCACCAACGAGACGCUGAAUGUUAUCAUGCUUAUAGUGUGUAAGAUUCACACAGAGAGGAGCAGAGGAGAAGAGUGUCAGCUGCUGUAUCAACAUGGACAGGACUUUGAGCAUGAAUGUGACUUCAGGUUCACUCUGAUGAAAGAAAAUCAGACUGUGUUUCUCCACCUGAUCAAUUUAACAGCAGAGGACAGCGGGAACUACACCUGUGAGUGUGUACAACAUGGAGGAAUAUAUAAGCUCCUGCUUAAUGUAACUGUGGAAGAAGGAGAUAAAGUAGCCGCCAACAGUUCUGCAGAAAUGCCUUUCUUCUUUGUGGUCAUUGGAGCGCCUGCAGUCAUCAUCAUCAUCAUCUCUGCAGUCAGCCUCGGACUGAUCUACAGCAAAAAAUGCCACAGCAGAAGACAAAAGGUGCCAAUAACCAGUCCUGAAAGCGCAGCACUGUAUACGCAAGCAGAACAGAUUGAGCCGUACAACGUCUUCAUCCAAAAAGAGAAUGUGAUUUAUGGGCUUUAACUUUCAAAAUCAACACAUAUACUAUUUAUUUAAAUGUCUGAAAAGAGAUGAUGCACCUUCUUCCACUUCUUCUUCUUCUUCUUCUUCUUCU